CUCCAACUCUUUCCCGGAACCCAAUCAACAACCCAACUCCAUACAUUCCAAACCAUGAACCGUCGCUCGCGAAAAGGUUGUAUAGACUGUAAAAAGGCCAAAGUCAAGUGCGAUGAGGUGAGGCCUGCUUGCGGCACCUGUUUCCGCCGCGGCUACGUCUGUCAAGGUUAUGCGAAUCCGCCCCUCAAGGACCCUUCGAAAGAAGCAGAUCAUGAGCCGCAAAGUGGACCUAUCCGGCGCCGAGACAGAGAUAGCAGGAGAUCGGUACGGAGACGCUCGGAUGCACGUGAGUGUCACUCAUCGGGGAGUGAUUCUGAGGCAGAGAAGAGCUUUUCUGCUGUUUCUACUCCAACUUCGAGUGUCUCAAAAAGGCGGCUAUCGAUAAUCUCAAGAAGCAGUGUUGGUUGUUCAAGUCCAUACCCUCUUUGUCGAGGUCUCCCUCUCAUCCCACCAAGCGCGAUUCAGAGUUCAGAUCAGCCAGGCAUAGAGACUUACUUUAGUCGGCACCCGUCUGAGUUAGUCAUAAGUUCCGAGUUCGCUGAUGAGAUGAACUCCAACGUCCUGAGAGUCUUCCACGAGGAUCCCGCUACCGUUGCUGAAACUCUUUCGGCCAUUGGACACAUUUAUCUUGGCGAAGGGGGCAUGUCAAUUGUUCCUGUCUUAGACAGAAGAGCGCGUAUCCUGGCCAAACUACGAGAAACGACAGAGCUGGAACAGAUGUUGGUCAUGCAUUUGGGGCUAUGUGCAAUUGAGUUGAUCGAUGCCAGGACUCAGCCCGCAGACCUAGGACUCCCAGCACUCAUCUCAAACGCAGCAAUCAUCAUCAAGCACAGUUUCGAGUCAGGCGGAGAAUUCAGCUCCAUAGCGAAAUACUUCAUUCGUGCCUUAGCUCGUCAAGAUAUGAUGAUCUCUCUAACCUACGCCCGCCAACCCCUCAUUUCGAGCCAGGCGUGGCUCGAGAAUGACUUCUAUAGACAAGCUGACCGCUUCAUGGGUUACACCGGACCUCUAAUGCCCAUCCUAGCCGACCUAGGAUCGCUCGCCGAGGAAAUUCGAGGUGCAAAUUCACCAACUACCCCGUUCAUCUGCCAAGAUGAAGAUAUGUGGACUGAGAAUGCUCUCGUCUUUGGAUAUUCGCAAAAUCAAAGCAUAUACCAGAAAGCUAUGGACAUCCGUACCCAACUCGAUCAAUGGCGACCCGUCACUGCUCAAAACGUCUCCUUCCAUUCCUCGAAAAAUCUCCUUUUCCACGCACACGCCCAUAAAGCCGCGGCUAUUCUAUAUCUCCAUCGACUGUUGGAGCCGCCUGGUAGUUCGGAAGAAGCUGAUCGUACUGCUCUCAGUUUGGCGCAUGAAGUGUUGAUGCAUCUCAGUGCUAUGACUGGGCAGUUGAAGACGGCACUGUGGCCGGCGCUCAUUGCAGGUACGGAGUUGGUGAAUGAGGAUGAUCGGAACUUGAUUACGCGGAUGUUUGAUGAUAUUCAUCAGCAGCGGAGGACGAUUACGUCGCUGAGGACGAAGAUAUUCUGUGUUAAUCGUGUGUGGACUGCUCGUGAUUUAGGUUUGCAUUGGUCCUGGAUGGAUCUUGUGCAUCAAUACCCGGGAGAGUGCUUGCCCAUAUGAUGAAAACGUCAACGACUACCAAAUCUAUGGGAUGAAAGCUAGUAACUCUGCGA